AUGCCAAAGAGAGGAGCUGGAGGAAGACAAGGAAAUAAAUUCAGAGUCACUUGCGGUUUGAAUAAUGCUUCAACCGUUAAUUGCGCUGAUAACACUGGUGCUAAGACUCUCACAAUCAUUUCUGUUAAGGGAUUCCAUGGAAGAUUAAACAGACUCCCAAGAGCUGGAUGUGGUGAUAUGGUAGUUGCUACUUGUAAGAAGGGUAAACCAGAAUACAGAAAGAAGAUGCAUACUGCUGUUAUCAUCAGACAAAGAAGAACCUGGAGAAGAAAGGAUGGGUGUACAUUAUACUUUGAAGAAUAUGCUGCUGUUAUUGUUACAUGA